AUGAACAGUGCGAAGAGACAAAAGGAACCUAGUCAUGGUGAUGGCGAUAACAGCAGCCUCGGUAGAAGAAGAAGCAGGAUCUGGAGCAGGAGCAGAAUUAAGACUCUCAUUGGCUCUCUUUACACACCCAUGAAAAGCUUGUGCAAAGAGUUAAAGAAUGCUGCAAUGACGUCAGCUCAAAUAUACUGCUACACAUGGGCAUUUUACUACCAUUUCCUCCUCCACUCAUUGGGAAGCGCCUUACCACCACCACCAAUAUCUAUCACCGAGAUCAACGAGCUCGUGCUCAAUCUCAAUGGAGGGCCUGGUACGCAAGCGGAUCAUGACCCUUGCUCAACUUGUAAGGAAGAUUUUCAGUCAAAUCAAGAAAUGGGUAUGAUGCUGCCUUGUGGACACAAAUUUCACGGUCACUGUAUUUCCAAAUGGGUGGAGAAUGAUAAUUGCUGCCCACUGUGUAGAUUCAUCUUACACGACGCUAAUGCCACGAUGUCACCAAAUCAAAACCAGAAGAGCAAUGAUGAAGGCACAAGUAUUGAAACCUUUAAUAUAGCAAGACAAAAUAUAAUUCAAUUAGAUCUGUAUCCCGAACAAUAUAAUAUUUGA